GAAUCAGGUUGAUUCUUUUGAAUACAUUACAACUGUCUUGCACGGUCUGUACACUGAUAAAUUCUACUAGUCACUACUUUGCAUGAGAACUGUUCACAUUACUUUUCAUUAAUUUUCAUGUCGUAGACUGAAGUCAUGAUUAUAGAAUAUAUAUAUUCUAUAAUCUUCCAUGACACUCUUCCUGGUAUAUUGGUAUAUUUAGUUGAGUUACAGCAUUUAAAGUUUUCACAGCAGAUGAGUAAUUUUACACAAAGCCUCCAUGCCAAGUUUUCUGCAGUCAUGAGUAUACCAAGCAGUGAAGUCAUUUCUGUUGAGAUUUACUUUUUCUCUCUUUUUUUUUUACUCCAAUUCGAGAGAAUACAUUCUCAAAGUUCGAGUUCUAUAUUAAAUAAACAAGUGACGUGAACAAAAUUGUUGUGGACUUGAAACUACAGUUUAGAUACAUCGAUUAUUGCGACUAAAACAAACAACUCUUGUGUAUCAGAGGUCCGAAUCUUGGCUGACACCUGAUCUUGACCUCAUCUUGAAAUCCUUUUUAGCAGUCCAGUGAUUCAGUAUUUUCAUGGUUCACGUUCUGGUGCCAGGUUAUGCAAAACAGAGGCGUGACAGUUGUGUGCUUUAAGGACAAGUUGUGUCCUGUGUUCAUACUUUUUGUUUUCUAGCAUAAAAUACUGUAUGUGGAUAUUGGUGGAUAUGACGAGUCUAAUUCGAUUCCAGUACAGCGUUUCAGAUAUGGUGACGAGUGAUUGGGUUGAGGGCUGGAGCACUAAGCAGGUGGCUCUCUGGCUCAAGGAGCAGGGUUUCGCUGAAUAUGUGGAGUUGCUCUGCACUAAGCACCGUGUGGACGGAGCUGCAUUAUUGUGUCUGACCGAACAUGACCUGCGAUCUCCACCACUGCAGCUCCCACGGCUCGGAGACAUCAAAAGGCUCACAGUCGCCCUGCGACGGCUUCAGAGACCUCACACACACUCGCACACGCCACCCAGUGACUUCGGUGCAAAUGGUGUAUUUCUCUCACAUACCUCAGGUUUAAAGCGCUGUUUUAGCAGCGUAGACCAAAACAACCCAUGGUGUAAUGGGGUCGGAAUGGCGAUGUCGGAGGAGCCUUGUCAUGGUUACUCGAAUGGGAAAUGCAAGAAGGACUGUAGAUACCUGGACCCAGAGGGAUGGAAGACAGCACUGAGCUCUGUCUAUGUGAUGCUGGUGUUUGGCAUCACUUCCUUUGUUAUGGUGCUGGUGCAUGAAAGGGUGCCUGACAUGCGAACCUACCCACCCCUGCCUGAUAUAUUCCUUGACAGUGUACCUAGAAUUCCUUGGGCUUUUGGCAUGGCUGAGGCCUGUGCUCUCGUCCUGUGCUACAUAUUACUGCUAAUACUGCUGCUGCACAAAUACAGAUCUAUUCUCUUUCGCAGAUUCUGUAGUUUAACAGGGACUGUGUUCCUGCUUCGCUGUGUCACCAUGUUCGUCACCUCCUUGUCUGUCCCAGGACAUCAUCUGCAGUGCUCAGGAAAGAUGUACGGUGAUAUCUGGGCGAAAAUACUGCGCGCGUUACAGAUUUGGAGCGGCUUUGGCAUGUCCCUGACUGGGGUACACACGUGUGGAGAUUACAUGUUCAGUGGACACACAGUAAUUCUCACCAUGCUCAACUUCUUUGUCACAGAAUACACUCCACGUAACUGGCACAUUUUGCACACACUGGCAUGGGUGCUGAACCUGUUUGGGAUAUUCUUUAUCCUGGCUGCUCACGAGCACUACUCCAUUGAUGUUUUCAUCGCCUUCUACAUCACCACUCGAUUGUUCCUGUAUUACCACACGCUGGCCAACACACGGGCGUAUCAGCACAGCCGCCGAGCUCGCAUCUGGUUUCCCAUGUUUUCUUUCUUUGAGUGCAAUGUCAACGGUCCCAUCCCCAAUGAGUACUGCUGGCCCUUCUCCAGGCCUGCCUUUAUGAAAACACUCAUUGGCUAGAAAGAAAGUGUGUGUGUGUCACGGCUUGUCUGUCUUGAUUGAUAGUCUGAUGGAUUGAGACUGUUAAAGAGAAUAAUAUAUUUAUUUAUUGUUUGUUUUUGUUUUUUUUUGGAUGAAUGGCAGCAUUUGCUGUCCGUACUUUGCUGUCAGAUGAAGAGAAUCUUUUGUGUUUUGGAAUAAAACACUAAUCUUGUACUAGUUAGUACCAACUGGGUGUAUGACUGCUCCUGUGAAGGAGAACUGAAGUCCAGGGCUUGUUCUUAUCUUAUUAGGUAAUAAAUAUUUACAGGAGAACUGAACAGCUAGUUAAAGAUGUUCUGGAGAACUGAAUAUCUUUUAGCCAGUUGUUCACCAUACAUUACAGUGCUGACACUGAAAUUCAGUAGUUGGUUAAGAUGUAUUCAGUGUUGCACAAUAUAUAUUUUUUUUUAAUGUAAGCUUUUUGUAAUGCACAAUGAUCUUGGGAUGAAAACUGUAUUUUGUAACGGAAGUCUGUUGUUUACAUUGAUUGUGUGAGAGGUUUAAACUUUUGUAUUUAAAAUUCUGGCUGUGAAUAUGAAGUUUUAAUUCUCCAUUUUUAUCAGAGUAGCAUCGCUGCUUUUUAAAGAUAAAAACACAGAUGGUACAUAUUGUGGCUUUAAUAUAAACGAGUGGAGUCUCCACAGCUUUUUUCCAUUAAAAGUAUUAUUAAAGACAAUGUUUUGCAGUAUCGGUACACAUAGCGAUGUGGUUACUCAAUAAGAACGCUCAGGGAUAAUAAAUAAAAAGAGAAAGACAUAAUCCCCCCCCCCAGCUCUGUUCGUUUAACUGCACCCUGUUCAAAACUAGAUGGCUUGAUUCUUGACUAUUAGAAAAGCUGUUUUUCGUAGUCUGCGCUUUUUCUGUUAAAUGCAAAUGGAUCAAGAUGUAUUCAAGGAGAAGUUUACUUCCAGAACAAAAAUUUACAAAUAAUUUACUUACCCCCUAAACACUGGGUCUGUUGUUCCGCCUAUGUCACGCGUGACCUUUAUGUGAUUAUGUACGUCAGUGGCGGGCGGAGCAUUUCACACCUAGGCCUUCACCGGUGUCCUUCUUGAAUUAACCCACAUCUGUACCAUCAUUAUGACGCCACGGCAAUAGAUACUAAUCAACCAUUAAAUAGCAAAGUAAAAAAGAAAUUUAAAAAGUCAAUUUUAUUCCGGUUACUUUUCUCAAAAAAGACAUUCUUGAUGACGUAUGCAGCAAACUGCAAUCUCCGGAGGACGCAGCGUCCAAAAUGAGACGCGGUGAAUAUAGAAACUACGUUGUAUCACAGGAUCUUGUAGCGAACGUGAAUAAAAUUACAUUACGUAUAGCAAAAAAA